ACAUGUGCAUUUGCCGCCUUACUUGAGAGCCACUCAUAGAAUGGUUUACUUGCUUAUAAAAGUAUAGCCUAUACAUUCUUAUAUCGAUUGAGAAUCGAUGGAUAUUUCGCAAGCACACAGUGGAGAUGUUGUUAAUAUCGCAAAUUACUUGCUAAAUGAUUUAAAGAAUAGCUAUCAGAUCUGGGAAGAUUUAAUUUCAAAAUGUACCAAAUUCCAUUCAGCUCUAAAAGUUGCGACCCAGGCGUCAUCUGCAUUUUUGGAUACAUUUCAAAAAGUGGCGGAUCUGGCUACAAAGACGCUUGGAGGCAGCAAAGAAAUCGGUGCGUGUCUGACCCGUUACUGUAUGCGCCAAAAAAGCCUAGAAUCCAAAGUAAAAUCCAUGGGGAAUCAUCUGGUCACUAGUCUUGCCAACCCUCUCAAUUCGAAAGUAGAUGAGUGGAAACGUAAUCUGUGUCAGUUAGAAAAAGAUCGAACUCGUCAAACUAAGAGAGUGCGUGCAGAAUUGAAGAAAGCGCUUUCUGAAGCACAAAAGUGGGAGAAGAAGGCAGCUAAAGUUGGUGUUACUAGUGGUAGUGGUGUGGGACCCGGUGUAGGCCAUGGUAUUAUACCUCCUGCAAAAUAUAUGUGCUCCAAUUCUGAAUCAAAUGCAAUUAGUUUACAAACUGCUAAGGCUGCACGUGAAGUUGGAAUCAAGAAAGAAUUAGUUGAAAAUACAGAGAAAUCUGCGAUGCGUUUAUUACUACUUGAGGAACGAAGCCGGUUUUGUUUCUUCGUCUCUUGCCUUCUUCCAAUACUUGAGUGUCAAUCAAGCAUGUUGCAUGAAAUAGCCACUAUGGAUGAACUUAUUAAGACUCUAACAAAAGAAACUGAGUUUCCAGAUCAGUUGGUUGAAGACGUCGAGUCUAUUGUACUGAGGAUGGGACGGCGUGAUUUUUCUGCUUCUUCUCGAGGUAGCAGUAAAAUCAUGUCAGUUUUCGUACCAGAUAGUGAAGAUAGGAUGAACAACAUAAAUGAAGUUUUAGGAGGUUUGCUCAUGACUAACGGUAAUCGAAGCUAUGUCAAUUCAAGUGAUACGGAGUCUGGUCGUCACGGUGCCGACAUGAUGUCACCAUAUCAAAUUUGCCGCGACUUAGAAACGGUCGGCCGAUGCAAUUCUGUAUGUGACAGUGCUGAUAUUUCUCUCUGUGGAGCCAGUUCACAUAGUGGCAGUGGGGGAAGUAAUUGUCCAUCCCUUUUGUCCCCCUCACGUAGUAAUGUUGCUCAUUUGGGUAGUCGUGAAUCAAGUCUUAUUUCCGUGGAUAGUGCAGCCUCAGGAAGUGGCAAUGCAAAUUCUACAUAUUCUAUUGGAAUGUCAAAUACAAACAUACCACAUUCUGAUCCUGGAGAAUCGCAAUUUAAAACUUUAUGUCGACCAGGUCACUAUCGAGCUGCAAGUAAUGGAGAUAAUGAUUUUCCAAAAAAUUAUUUAAAAAAUGGUUUUCAUCAUGAUAAAAUCGAUUCUUAUAUGGUAGCUAAAUCUAUGAUUGCUUUCAGUGCACAAUCUCAAUUAACUGAUAGUAAUAAUAAUGAUAAUAAUAUCACUACGAAUGGUCAAAACUAUGCACUAAAAAGAGAUGAUGAUAAUGGAGUUGAAAAUAUAAAAAGGACUGACAAUGAAAGUAAAUUGGAAAUAAGCACUGAUGAUGAUGAUGACGAUGAUGAGAAUCAUGAUGAUAGUAACGAUGAUGACGUUGGUGAUGGUGGUGAGUAUGUUGAAGUAGGCAGUGAUUCUGGCAAUGCUCUUGCGCAUUUAUCAAAUAAUCCUACAUCUCCUUCCUUAUCCAAUUCUACUAAUCAACAUUUUUUAUUGGAAAACUAUCCAUCCAAUACUACUACUACUACUACUACUGCUACUACUGCUGAUCCUCCAAUUCCAAAUAGUGGUCGUCAUACAAUAAGUUCUGCUUAUGAACGAGGAGGUCAUGCUCCUGCACGGGCUUCUAUAACUGCUCUGUCUUUCAAUCCACCCGUUGGCAAAGCUUCUUCCAGAGAUAGUGGUGUUGAUUCGUCCACUGUACUCUACCCGAAACAAGCUGUACCACCUCCAGUCUAUACAAAUCUCAUUCAAUUGGCUCAUGCAGCACAACGUAAAUUUUCCAUGUCACAAUUACCAAUUGUCCAUUCAUAUGAAAAUAUAGAUAGUACAUUAGAUAGACUUCGUUAUACUAAAACUGAUAUGACCAAUUGUCAACAACAAUUUAUUCAUCAUCAAUCAUCAAGUCGUAAUUCAAUUUCUACAAAUCCACAACAAUAUCAUUAUACAACAAAUGCUUCACCGAAUACUACUAAUAUUAAUAAUACGAAUAAUUGUAAUUGGUCUGCUUCAGAUAGUUUAAAUAAACUUGAUUUAAGUGAUUCAACUGUCAGUCAAAGUUAUCAUGAUGAAGAAAGAAAGUAUGCUAAUCCUUCAGCAAUAUUAAAACCACAAGUUGACAAAUUAGCUAAUAGUACAACCCUAUCUAAUUCAUGUCACAGUUCAAAAAAUUGUCUAGAUACUGUUUCAAUGUCCGAUGCCACUUCUACUGCUAAUUCUACUUCAGUUGUUGUUGGUAAUAAUGACUUACAUUCAUAUCAAAGAAGUGGAACCGAUCCAUUCAGUAUGGAAAUGGAUGAACUUGAUCAAGUUAUACCAGUUAAUAACAGUAAUACUAUGACGCUAAAUAGAAUGUUUUCAAAAUGUUUACAUAAUCAAAUAACUGGCACAUUACCUAGUCAUCAAAGAUGUUUAUCAACCCGAAAACAUGUCUCAUCAGUUAACAGUUGUUUCUGUGUUACUAAUGCUGCUGAAUUAUCAAGAUGUAAUGAACAGAAUUCUUUCGCUAGUUGUUAUCACCAUAACAAUGAAAGUACUUCCGAAUCCGUUGUAAGUGUAAACUGUGAACAAGAUUUCUUUACACCACAGUUGUAUGUUCAGAAAAAAUUAGUCGGUGAGGAAAAUCAUAGCAAACACCCUCCAUGUCUUACUCCUUACGAAUCUAAUGUGGAAAAGAUACUUGGGAAUGGAAUCGAUCAUGAUGAUCAUCCACCUUCUAACCAUAGUUUGAUUGUACAACAAAGUUCAUGUAGCCCAAUCAAUUCUUCAGUUUCUCCUUCUGCUGACAAUAGAUCUCCACCUCCAAUUCAGCCAAAACCUGUUCAUUUAAAGCAUCAUCAAGCAAUAAGUCAAUAUCAUAUCAAUCGAAAAACAGCACCUCGAAUGUCACGUCCAUGUCCACCGCCUCGAACUUGUAGUACAUUAAGUUCUCUUGGUUGUUUAGCAAUGACAUCUGGUGUUAGUAUGCCAUGUGAUUUGAAUAUGUCCGAUCCAUCACCAUCAUCACCGUUACGUUGUAAAAUUUCCCAUUAUUUGAAUGAUGAUUCUUAUGAAGGAUCUAGUCGUGGUUCAUCACUUACAAUGGCUAGUUCAACAACAAAUGAUUCAUUGCCUAGUUCAAAUGGUAGUCCAGCGUUAACAAGUUAUAACGCGAAUCAAAGUAGUACACAAAGAUCAUUUUCAUCAAAUCCGAAUCCAAUUACCAGCAAUGAACAACAAAUAUUAGAGAACAAACUACACUAUGCAACUCCUGUGAUCAAAAACCAGUCUCAAUGCUCUACUACUCCAGGUCAAGUGUUCAAUCUGUUAAGACAGUCCACAUUGGCUAGUAAUCAAGUUUGCAUGAAUAAUCAUCAAACUAACACCGAUCUACAAACCGUCCCUGAGAAAACGGGUGUUCCAAACGGAAAUGCUCCAGCUGCUCCGCCUCCACCUCCUCUACCUAUGUUUUUACCAGUAUCGCCAAAUAAUCUGUCAACACCCCAUCCAUCACUAGAAGAAAUAACUUGCCCAAAAUCUUCCGAUUACAAUGAAAAUUUGGCAACUGAUUUGGUUUCUGUAGAAACUGCUAAUCUCAUGUCUGAAUUAUCUUCACAGUUGCAACAACUUGCUGCACGAUCGAACGAUGUAAAUUUUUCACAAUCCACAUUUAAAACGAGAGAUAUAUUUCACAAGGAAUCCAUAAAACACGAUGACUUCGAUUUACCUCCACCACCGCCACCGUCUAUGUUUACAGAACAAUACUGCAGUGAUGCAAUGAAAUUAGAAUGUUCUCUGAUUCAGACUACGAAUAUUAGUUGUACUUCCACUACCAGCAGUAUUGUUAAUGAUAAUAAUAAUAAUACUGAUGAAGUAAUUGAUGAUGAUUCCAAAAAAAAUUUAUCACCAUUUUUAUUGGCGUUAAAACAAAGUGUAAAACAACGAGCUGACCGUAUAGCUGCUGAAAGCUCAACAAAUAAUUGAACGUGAAAUGAUGCUACACUCUUUGAUGAUGACCAUCCCAAUGCAGUAACAUUUUUUGUUAUACAUGUUAGGAAUUUAUCUUUCAAAGGUAGUGGCGACUUUCACAUGUAGGAAUCUAUAUAUAAAAGUGAUGGUGUUGAACCACACAUUCUCACUUGCUUUCUAAUAAAAUCUGUCGACAACAUUCGGUAUUUAUCCUUUCCUCAUUUUUUUCAUCAUUAUUGUUCCCAUCAUAAUCAUCAGUACACGUAUUUAUUUUUAUUGAAACAUUGGAAUAAUAUGCAGCCACGGCAAGAAGCAAACGUCUCAUAUACUUACUACUUUUUUCUUAUCAUUGUUGUGGUUAAUGUUAGUUUUGAUCGUUACCAACCUCUACCGUUUCCAUUUUUGCCUAACUCAUCUUUUCUCCUGUUUGUGUAAAUAUAAAUGUUAAGUUAUUAUUUUGUAUGACAUCAUCAUAUUACUAACUCUGAUAAGUAAUGUUUUGCGGACAUUUCACAUACACCUGGUUGCUAUACCCCAGUAUUAUAAACUGAUAUCAGGCCUCUUUUUAAAAAAAAUCCAGUACUUGUAUCUCUAACUGUUACUAGUUACAUAACGUCGCUUCUGUGUGUUUUUCUUUACGAACUCUUUCCUCUUACCAGUGAUAUGAAAGACGUGUUUUGCAGAAAAGUAAACCGGUCAUUAUCAAAUACUUACCGAUUAACUAUUUGACUAACUGUCUAGUUUAACAAAUAAUCUAACAAUCUAUUCAAUCUAAAAUCUCAUUAGACAGAUUUCUGGACACAGAUAGACACACACACAUAUACACAUUCAUGUACAUUUUCAAAUUCAUCUGUUCUUAUUAUCUAUUGUUAAUAAUCCAUUGGAAUUUUCCACGCGUUCAAAUUUUAAAGAAAGAUCUAUUAUUAUCGUUACUGAAGAUAUUUCCUGUAUUUAUGCGCAUGUCCUUUUUAGAUUAUUUUGUGUUUACAUUUUGUCUUCACUUGAAACAUCAGUAAAAUGUAUGUUGGUGACCGACAGAGUAGGGAAUCUUGUACGCCUUUUCUUUGAACAAAUGAAAUCAACCGGAAACAAAUGUUUUCAGAUAUAUUUAAAUUAUUAUUAUUGCUACUACUACUAGUUUUAGCGUUAGAAUUAUUAAUAUCACCAUACUUUGGAGUACUGAGAACUUUGUUUGUGGUGCUGUUAAAAAUGUGUUCUCGUAUCAUUGCUAUAUUGUUCCGUUAUUUUCAUUUUUGUCACAAUGUGAUUCAGCCAUAUAUAUGUGUAGUUUCCUAUCACACCGUGUUCUACCCCUAAGUCUGUCUUGUUGUGGAACUGUGUUGUGUAUAUCUGUGGUUAUCUCUAUACCUGAUUCUAUACUAGUUUCUUCUUAGGUAUAUUAAUAAAUUAUAUUAUACCAAGGUUAGGGAAAUUUGUUAUUGUUUUCUCUAUUUCUUCUAAAAAUUCUGUAUUACAUCGUAUCAUUUUCUUGUUUAUCGCUUUGUGAGAUUACAUUUUUCAUUCUACAAUAAAAUUUUAUUUGUUCAUUGUAGAUGGGAAAGGGAAGAAUCAUGAAAAGAUUCAGGUGGAAAAUAAAGCUCUCACAUACAUUCUUUUCAUUAAUGACUCACUGCACUUUAAUUACAUGUUAUAUGCAGAUAUAUUUAUACACAUCACUUGAUAAUGUCUUUUUUAUACAAAAUGUCUUAAUGUCCACAAAUUGCAUUUUAAUUAUUUGACUUUACUAUAUAUAUAGAAAAACAAGGAAACAUUGUGUAAAUUGUUGAAGGUUGUUUUCUUUUCUUUGAAAUUUCCUGUCUGCAUGUCUAUUUUUGUUAGGUUUUUAUUAUGGAAUAACAUAAUAACACCACGACUAAUCAAUCACUCGUACUGAAGGUAAAAUUUGAUAACGUAGUCUAAGUGUUUUGAUUAAAAUAGAUAAAUGAUGGCGAAUUUUGUAUCACUUCAACUUAAAUUUUCUUUAGUUGAUAGGCUAGUUAUUAAUACUAUGAUUAUGUCUCUACUGCAUUUGUCAGUAGUUGCAAUGUAUUGACGUAACCAAAUUAUAUAUAUAUUUCACAGAUUAUGGAUAGAUUGAAAACGUAAAUACAGUGGUUUAUCCAGAUGACAAGUUUAGUCAAUAAAAGAAAACACAACCAGUUGCAAUACAUACUGGACUAACUAAGUGUUGAAAAUGCUCCUUCCCACUUUCCGGAUUUAUAUGAGCAUAUUUUUGGGCGAUACUAUAAUUUGUGGACGAAUCAAUCACGUAUAAGGUAACAGGUCUUGGAUAUUUGGUUAAGUAGAGUUUUGGCAUUAUAGCUGAUGUUAGUUCGUGAUGAAAACUCCAAGUCUAAGUCCUAACCUCAACCAUCAACUGUAAAUCAUAAUUCUGGUUUCUUUAAGGUUUGUAACCCUCAUUUGGUAGCAGUUAUAAGGUGGACAUCUCAAGGUCAGUCUAGCGUCACUCAAAGGUCAUCCAUGAAAUAUAGUCACACCCGAGUUCCAUAUUUAGUGGACGGAAGGAAAAUUUGCACAUUAAUUAAAAAUCCCAUUUCGCAUUUGCAGAUAGUCAUUCCAAAGUCACCUCCAGUAAUUACUAACGAUUGAUUUUUAUAAACAUAACAUGCAAACAAUAGACAAGUCCGAAAUUUCUGCUACUUAGCACGGAACAAUAAUUUAUAUUAUGUUCUUGUACUUCCCUAGUCAUCAUUAUUUCUCCAGUUGAUAUUAAAAUGUGUAAUCUUAGUUCAUUUAGACUUUAUUGCAAAACUUGACAGACAGCUCGUAAAUUUAUCUGAUAAUCUGCCUUAACUUUUUUCUGAAUGACAAUUAACUUACUAUUAUUUAAAUUUCAAUACAUUGAAAGAAAAACUGUACUUAAAUGCAAAUAAAAUAACUUGUUCUUACCAGUCUACUGAUGUUUUUUAAUAGUAAUGAUGUCAUCUAGUGUGAAGUACAUUCAUUACAAGAACUUAUCUUUUAUGAUUUUAUUUUUCAAUCCCUUGUUUAUACCAUCGUAUUGUUUACGACAAGUCUUUAAAAAAAAUAAGUGAAACUACUGUAAAACUCACAAAAUAUACAGAUUUCUGCUUAAUUGCAUCUGUCAUUAGGUAAUAUGGUUACGGUAUCCAGAAAUUAACUAUCAUAUUCAUUAUAAUGGUCAACUUAUUCGAACUUAUCACUUGUUUAUUUUUUUUUAAUUUACCCAUCAUAACCAAUAAUAACAAUAGGAAAUCAUAAAAAUACUUGUGUACAAUGUUACAUCUGAAAAUAUACCGACGCUUUUGCCAUAAAUAACAAUUUAUAAUUUCACAACUGUAAAACAUUUGGUGUUUGGCUUCACUAAAUCAAUAUAAUAAUAUUUCAUCACACAUUUCUUGUCAUUAUGUGAUCCUUUCUUCUAAAAUUAUUUAUUUACGUGCUAUGACUAGAUUCUAAAUGUUUCUUGUUGUUGUUAUUAUUAUAUCACGAAGCUGAAUACUUCAAAAUAUCCCAGUAAUGUAAAGGUCCAACAAGAAUAAAGUUGGACUUGUUCAACAUCGGAUUCUGGUUUAGUGAAUCAGAAGUUAACAUUCCACACACCAGAUCGAUGGUCCUGAGUUAGAGUCGUUGAUGCGCUCUGCUGAGGUGUCAAUUGUGUGAUAAACGUAGUCUCGGGCAGGAGAAACUCAGUAUUAUACGAAACUUCACACUAUCUGUAAAAUAUGAAAACAAUACAAAAAAAUGUACCAUUUACACAUCUUUCUUGAAUUGUUUUUCACAAACUCCAUCAUUCUUCCACUCCUGUUGUUACUUCGAUUUUUCUGUUUUACUCCCUUGUUUACCGGUAGGAAUUCUACCUCCAAUCCCCUGUACAUUCUACUCAUACCGUUUAAGUAUUGCACACUACAAUACUAGGACGAAACAGCAAUCCAGUGCUUUCAGGUUUCCAAAUGCCCUGGUACGGUCGAGAGUGGGAAGAGUCCGCUCUCCUUCUCGAAAUGCUCUCACAUGGCC